CUUGCGGGGUUUCCCAUCUUGUACCGCCUUCUUCUUCUUUCCCUUCUCAGCAAACCCUAAGCUCAUCGAGCUUUUCCAUAUGGUAUCAGAGCUGGACCAGAUCCAAUAAUUCACGAUGGCAAACACACCACAACCACCUACCCAUGGUGGAAUUCCGCUCAGCAGUGGAUCUAUCCCCUUCGGCUCCUUCGAUGCAUAGUCAAGUGGGACGACUAACAACAACGACAAUGGACGCGGAGAUCUUCAAUUUGGUAACCCCUUUUACAUAAAUCCAAAUGAGAACAUCUCCCAGUCGAUUGUUUCUGAGAAUCUAGAUGGUCCAAACUAUCAAAUGUGGCAACGAGCUAUUCAUAUGGCUUUGAAGACAAAGCACAAGAUAGAGUUUAUUCAUGGUACUAUUCCUAUGCCUGCUACUGGAGAUCCUAACUAUGGAUUAUGGGAUGCCUCUAAUACGUUAGUCUUAUGAUGGAUUCUUAACUCAAUUGAAAAAGAAAUUAGGCGAAGUGUGAUGAAGCAUGAGAAUGCCAGAGUUCUUUGGGAAGAAUUGAAGAGGAGGUUUGGCCUUCUAAAUGCUAUUAAAUUAGCUAAUCUCCAAGAGCAGAUCAUUACUUGUAAGCAAGGUUCGCUGAACAUCACUCAGUAUUAUACUACGUUCAAGGGUUUGUGGGAAGAGAACCUUCGAUUCAAUCCCAUUCUUGAAUGUGAUUGUGUGGCCCAACGAACUCGCCCAUGUGCAGCUAUGGAGGUAUUCAAACAGAAGCAAGAAGAAGAGUAUCUGAUUCGUUUCCUAAAAGGGUUAAGACCUGAAUAUGUGUUGUGCACACCCAACUGUUGAUGAUGAAGCCACUACCCAUAGUGGAUAAUGCAGCGAAUGACUUACUGCAACAUGAGCAGAAAAUCAAAGGUGACAAGGCUGGAGUAACAAGGGGUGUCCAAACUGUUUCCCUUGCUAUACAAGGCAACUCAGACAGUCAGCAAAAAUCUGGAGAAGCAUCAGAUGUAAAAUUUUUUGCCGAUACUACAAGAAAGAAAACCACAACAUUGAAGACUGCUAUAGUUUGAAAUGUAAAAAAGUUCGAAUGGCAGGUGGAAAUGUGGUUGCAGCUGUUUCACAGAGUGAUUCUUCCACCGAUAGUGACACUGCCAGUUCAGAUACUAAACUCAGUAUUGAUACCAGGAACUCUAGUGGCAGCUUUGGUUUAUCUUCAAAGGAACUGAACAAGCUUAAGUUCCUUCUGAUUUCAGUCUCCUCUUCUCCUAGUCCUUCUCCACCAGCAUCACCAUCACUAAAUCAUCAUGCUUUCUCAGUAGCACAACACAUUCCUCAUUUUCCCAACUGUGUUGGUAAGUACAUUCUUUCUUCUCACUUAGAGCACCACACAAAUGGGUUGGUAGGCAUAUGGAUACUUGAUACUCGUGCUUCUGACCAUAUAGCCUGCAACCUAGACCUUUUCAUUGAAUCCAACCCUGUUUAAAACCACUUUGUGUUCUUGCCUAAUGGCACAAAGGUAGUUGUGAGUCACAUAGGGAGAGUCAAAUUACGUACUGGCCUGAUCCUAGAUAAUGUCCUCCUAGUGCCUAGAUUUUCUUUCAGUCUAGUUUCUAUUAGUAAACUGACAAAUGACUUGCCUAUUUCCUUACACUUUGAAUCUGACUCUUGCCAAAUUCAGGACCUCAUGACCCACAACUGGACUGGUUUGGCAAAAAAAAAUUAGAGGACUCUAUCAAUUAAACUUCAAGACCUCUUCACCUUCUCAAACACAACCCUAGGCAGCAGCCACUUACAACUUCACACGACAAAACAUUGAUCUAUGACACUGGAGGCUAGGACAUCUUCAUAGAUAGAAAGAAAAACUAUUAGUAACUUGUUAUAGGAUAUCUGCUUUUCACUGUGAAACUUGUCACUUGCCAAACACAAAUGACUCCCCUUUCCUGUUAGUUCUUCUCAUGCACAGGAUGCUUUUUCCCUUAUUCAUGGGGACAUCUAGGGGCCCCUUGCCGUUAAAUCCCAUGAAGGAUAUUCUUUCUUUCUCACUAUUGUUGAUGAUUACUCACAAGGUGUUUGGACCUAUUUAAUAAAGCACAAGUCAGAGGCUAGUAAACUGCUAGUCAUUCUGUGUAAUGGUGUCUAAGCAGUUUUCUAAACCUGUCAAGGUUAUUAGAAGUGAUCAGGAAAGUGAAUUUCAUAUGGUUGAGUUUUAUGCUGCUCAUGGGAUUGAACAUCAGUUAUCUUGUGUUGAAACCCCUUAGCAAAAUGGUAGGGUUGAGAGAAAACAUCAGCACAUGUUGAAUUCUGGAGUGGUCGUGUUUUACACGUUGUCUAUCUCAUUAAAAGAAUCCCCACUUCUGCCUUUGACAAUAAAUCACCCUAUAAACUUCUUUGCCACAAACCACCAAGUCUCUCUGGCCUAAGAGUUUUUGGUUGCCUCUGUUAUGCUACUACCUUACAUAGGGACAAAACUAAAUUUGACAGUCGAGUCAAACAAUUCCUUCUGGGAUUAAAGGAUUUAAAAUUUA